AUGACCCUCAGUCCUGGUGCAGCUGAGAUGAUUCCAGAUCCUGCACACCAGCCAGAAGAGACCCCAGUCCCCAACCUGGCCGAGCUGACCCUGGAGCCUGUACACUGCAGGCCUGAGCUCCUGGAUGCCUGUGCUGACCUCAUCAAUGAACAGUGGCCCCGCAGCCGUGCCUCCCGCCUACACUCCCUGGGCCAGUCCUCAGACGCCUUCCCUCUCUGCCUGAUGCUGUUGAGCCCCCACCCCUCGCCAGAAGCAGCCCCCAUUGUGGUGGGCCAUGCCCGCCUGUCACGGGUGCUGGACCGGCCCCAGAGUCUCCUGGUAGAGACGGUAGUGGUGGCCCGGGCCUUGAGAGGCCGUGGCUUUGGCCGCCGCCUCAUGGAGGGCCUGGAGGUCUUUGCCAAGGCCCGCGGCUUCUGCCGGCUGCACCUCACUACUCAGGAUCAGCUGCACUUUUACGCCCACCUGGGCUACCAGCUAAGCGAGCCUGUACAGGGCUUGGUCUUCACCAGUCGAGGGCUGCCCGCCACCCUGCUCAGUGCCUUCCCCAGGGCCUCCUACCCCCAGCCACCCUGCAAGGCCCCCAACCUGACUGCCCAAGCUGCCACAAGAGCCCCCAAAGGGCCCCCACUGCCACCUCCUCCUCCCCUGCCUGAGCUCCUAACUACCCCACCCCCACCCAAAGCAGGCUCCUCUCCACAAAGCCUGCUGGAGACACAAUACCGAGACCUGAGGGGCUGUCCCAUCUUCUGGAUGGAAAAGGACAUCUGA